AAGAAAAAAAUAUAUAUAUAUAAAAUAUCGAAAAUACGGAUGAUUUUUAUAUAAAUAUCUCGGUAAGUGAGACAAUUAUUUAUCCACAUUUAGCUGUAGUCUCAAAAAUCUGAAUUUACAUAAAAAUUAGCAGUUAUUACUUUGUCAUAUUUUGGUUAGCAGAGGUGUAACUUUUAUUACGUUAUUUAAGUAACUGGUUACUUAAUAAGAAAAGAGAACCAAUAGAAGCAAUAGGGGCGGUUCUUUUCCAGAGUUUACAGAAAGAGGCACAAACCACGGUUGGCCUCAUCACAAACGACGAUUAGUUCGACUGGGUUUAUGGCACAGUGGACUUGAGAAAGAACUUCGUGUUGGCAAAAAUACAAAUAUAUGUGUGUUCGUAUUUGAUGAGAGUUUGAACAUCGAGUGUGUCAAUCCUGUAUAAAAUGAAUAUUGUUUGCGUGAUAUGCAGAGAUUUACUAACGCCUGCUGAUGACGUCUUUCACGCGCCAUGUGGGCAUAUUUUUCAUUUUCUUUGUGUGACUCAGUGGCUGGAAAGAUCCAAAACCUGUCCACAAUGCAGAGAGAAGACCACGUCGAAUAAGAUUCAUAGAUUGUACUUCAAUUUUGCUAAUAACGACUCCAUUAUCGAGGACAAGUGCUUGUUACAAGACAAAAUCGAUAAAUUGAAUUUUCAACUCACGUUGAAAGAGAAGGACAUUAAGUAUUACAUGGAGAAGAAUGAAAUUCUGGAAAAGCAGAAUAAAGAGCUGAAGAAGGAGGUGAGAAAAGCGGAAAGUGCAGUGAAUGAAAAAUCUAGUGCCAUUUAUGCCCUUAAGGAGCAAAUCAAGCUUUUUAAGGAGCAAAAUUUAGAAGCUGACAGCAAGAAGAAAGAAAUCGAGGAGUUGCAGAAGAGAAUUGAAAAGUAUAAAAACAUACAAAUACUACUCGAAGCCACUACAGAAGCUGUAGACGAAAUGAUCGCGAAAACAAGCGAUACCGCUACCCUUAUAACAUACAUAAGUGUGAUGAAAAGGGAAAUGACGAUUAGCUUAAACAAGAAGAGAGAAUUAAGAGCUAGACUAAGAAGCUUGCAACAGGAACUGAACAAAGUCUCAAUGCAACAAAAGUUCUUGUCCGAUGAGCACAUGAAAAGAAAAAAGCUUGAGGAGGAGUUGAUGAUUUACGAAAGUGAAAAGAUAAGUUUACAAAACAAGCUUAGGGAGUUGCAAAAGUGUAUGUCUUUGAUGAAAAUAUCAGCUAAUUCGAAAGCAAACAAUGUGUCAGAUAGUAGUUCAAGGAACAGUUCUAAGGAAGAAAAGAUGGAAGAUAUGGAUAAAAAGCAAAGGAAGGAUGCAAACAGAGAAGAGAAGACUCAGUCCACCAUUACAAGGACAGAUUCUCCGUAUCUUCCAGUGAAAUCAAGAGGUGUAUUGGCUUUAAAGCAACAGCCAAUCGAAAAAAGUAAUUCGGCGAAACUAACUUCCUCGAUUCUUGCGAAGAAAUCGAGAAUUGCGGAAAAGAGCAUUAGAAACGAUGCGAAUGCGUUCGAUGGCUUUGGAGGACAUUCGAAACUUGAAAACCUUUCGAAUCCCUCUAUUAUCAGGAUAAGAAGUGCGAAGGACAGCAUGCACAAAGUUAAAAGACCAAAAUUUGACACGGAAAGUAAUCAAAAGUUAGCCCACUUUAUGAUAAAUUAACGCGAUCGUUGUAUAUUAGCAAUAUUUACGAACACUGCUUAAAAACGGUAUUUAAAAAAGUGAAAUAUAAGAAGAUAUAUUUAUUGAACUAUGCAACGUAUACAUAUUUUUCUACGGUGUAAAUAUCAGAGAGUACGUAUAUUUUUUAGUGAAUUUGGUAAACAUGUAUGCAUUAAUCCUAUUGAAAAAUAUU